UCCAAUUUAUUUUUUCGAAUUCAAAUCUUUCUCCGACAAAAAUGCCUCGUUCUCCUAACAAAUAUGAUCGAGACCGCCGUGACCGCGAUCGGGACCGCCAUCGAUCGAAUAAAGAUCAUUCAAGUGACGUCGCCAGAAUGAAGGAAAAGAUGCGGAGCACACUGGAGAGUGCGAGAAAAUCCGAUGCUCCCUCCACGUCAUCGGAUUUUUCGAGAAAACCGCAAAAAGUCGAGGAACUGACGCCGGCCGAGCAUUUGGCCAGGACACGGGCUAUCGAGGAGAUUGAGGAGGCCGGUUUUCAGCCAGGAAGCUUCAGAUCCGGCUCAGCGGCAAAGAAAGAUCAAAAAACGAAAAAGGACAAUUCUCACGACUCGGCAAUCUUCGGACCAGCGUGGAAAAGUGCAGAGCAGAGAAAAGUCAUCGAUAAGAAGCAAUCCGACAUUUCCACCAUCACAUUGCCCUCGGCUCCGGCUCCGCCGGCAAAUGCGAUGGCUCCGAUGGUCCCAAGUCAUAUGUACUCGGAGCACAGCGCCACACGAAAAGCCGACUGGAAAGUCUACUGGACAACGCUACGCCAUCAACUUUUGGCUGAAAAUUAUUGAUUUUCCUGUAUUUUAUUCGUUUUUUUUUCUGUAAAUUCACCCUAAAAAUAAUUCCGAUUUCGACAUCAUUAUUAAACGUUUAUUUAUUUUU